CUUAAAGACUUUACUGCUGUUAAAACCGCGGUUGGUGAGAAAGCGUCUGCAAUGGCCGAACACAUUGGGGAAGAUGGAGAGAGCACGCUCAUUGGAAUGGGACUUCGUGUCUCUGUGUCCCCCGUGCAAACGGCUUUUUACCUCAUCCUGGUGACUCUGGGCAUCUUGGGUAAUUUCACCGUCGUUGGAGUGAUCGGUAAAAGCAUAGCAACGGACCAUGUUGGGGGACGUAACUCGGACAUCAUCAUCAUUAACAUGGCACUGUCUAACCUGCUGGUGUCAGUGAUGAGGAACAUACCGCUUGUCAUCUCAGACAUUGGACUGGAGCUGUACUCUUCCAAAGAGUGGUGUCAGGUCCUCAUGGGUGUCUGGGUGUGGCUGCGAUCGGUCAAUGUAUGGUCCACGCUCUUCCUCAGUGCAUUCCACUUGCAGACAUUGAGGCGCGUGGCUCCCACUGCGGUGAGCCGUAACGGGCCCCGGAGCCUCCCUAAGACCCUGCUGCUCAGUCUGACCCUCAUCUGGCUUCUCAACUUUGUUUAUUCCAUUCCUGCUCAUAUCUUUUCCACUAGUGGAGACGUGAACACCACAGAGACCCUGAUGCUGGUGAGCAGCACAACGCGCCCCCUGCUGGGCUGUGUGUGGAACUUCCCCUCCAGCUACAGUGGUCUGGCCUAUGCGACCACGUCGAUGGUGAUCCACGAAACUAUUCCCAUAGUCCUAAUGGCCAUUACCAACCUGGGCUCCCUCUACACGCUCUACACCCACAGCAGGGUGCGGAGUACAGCCCAGGAUGCACCUGUCAUAAAGCGGGUGCCCGCCGAGAGACGAGCAGCCAAGGUGAUUCUCACUCUCAUAAUGCUCUUCAUAAUAUCAUGGGGAACUAGCAUUAUCUCUGUCAACUAUUUCAACUACAACAGGGGCUCCUCUGCAGAGUUUCUUCUGAUUAUUGCUCGUUUUGCCAACAUCAUCUUCAUUGCAAUGUCCCCUAUUGUUCUGGCAUUCGGGCACCGGCGGCUGCGUUCUUUCAUCAAGUCGACGCUGUCUCACUGACAGAUAUCAGCUCACACAAUACUACUAUUACAAUACUAUUAGUUACAUCACUCUCUGAAAAGUAGGCAACAACGUUAUUUCAACCAGACCCCACAACGCAGUAUGUCCUGGAGCCAACAAUCAUCAUCUAAACUAAUGUGAAGUGAACA